CAUUCCUCAUUUCUCACUGUCAUCAACCUGUUGCAGAGCCAGAGCACAAGCACAACCACAACCACAACUACACCGCCACCACCACCAACAAAGCUCUGCAUUGUACCCAUUUCUUUGUCCUCUGUCUAGACAUAAAUGCCCCUUCUGUGUCUGCACCAUCUUCACUCAACCCACAAUUUAUCACUUCACCCACUAAACCACAAUCACAAAACCCCAACUAAAUCUCACCCCCAUUUCGCUUAAUCUAGUAAAAAAAAAAAAAGAGUAAACCCACAUGGAUCUCUUCUCUUUACCCUCCUCACCUCUUAUUCUUUACUUCUCCCUCACUCUGUUUCUUCUUUCAAGAGGUGUUUUAGGGACUACAUUCACUUUCGUCAACAAAUGUGACAACACUGUAUGGCCUGGAAUUCUCGCAAAUGCAGGCAGUCCUAGACUCGACAGCACUGGAUUCGAGCUCCCCAAGGACAGCUCACGCACAUUCCAAGCCCCAACCGGCUGGUCCGGUCGGUUCUGGGGCCGAACCGGAUGUAACUUCGAUGGAUCCGAGUCGGGUUCAUGUUCCACCGCCGACUGUGGGUCGGGCCAAGCCGAAUGCAACGGAGCCGGAGCUACUCCUCCCGCGACUCUCGCCGAGAUCACGCUCGGGUCGGGCGGGCAGGACUUCUACGACGUGAGUCUUGUUGACGGGUACAACUUGCCCAUGAUAGUGGAAACGAGUGGCGGGUCGGGCAUGUGUGCGACGACUGGGUGUGUGACCGACUUGAAUUUGCAAUGCCCGGCUGAGCUGAGAGUGGGAGAUGGAGAAGCGUGUAAGAGCGCGUGUGAGGCGUUUGGGAGUCCAGAGUAUUGUUGUAAAGACGCGUUUAAUUCACCGGCGGCUUGUAAGCCGUCGGUUUACUCGGAGAUGUUCAAGUCGGCUUGUCCAAGAUCAUAUAGCUACGCAUACGAUGAUCCUACGAGUACGUUCACUUGUUCGGGUGCUGAUUACACGGUGACGUUUUGCCCUUCCAUGCCAAGUCAAAAAUCUACAAGAGAUUCACCAUACUCAUCAACAACAACAGCAGAUGGGUCUGGGUCAGGAAUGACGGGUUCUGGUUCAGGGUCAGAAACAAUGGGUUCGGGCUCGGGUUCAGGGUCGGCUAUGUUAGCUGAUGGGUCAUGGUUAGCUGGUUUGGCCAUGGGUGAUUCAACCAUGACUCUAUCUCCUUCUACUCUACAUUCUCUACUCAUUACCUCUUCAACUUUCUCUUUUAUUCUCUCUUUUCUUUACUUGUAAUCUUUCUUUCUCCCAAAAUAUUCAAUGCCAUAUAUAUUUAAAAUGUGUUCUGUUUUUCUUUGAUUUAAAAUCACCUCCCUGCUUGUUUUUUUUUGGCAUGUUCUCAAAGCCUUUCAGGUUCUGUUAUUGAUUGGUGUGAAGAAACCAAGAUGUGAAGAGAUUGGAAUUCGAUUUGGUAAUAGAAAAUGAGAGUGUAAAUGUAAUGUGAACAAACAUGUAGAUUGGUAGGCUAAGAAUCACUUUGCUGGGAUUGCAAGCAUUGCUUUUACUUUUUUUUAUUUAUCAUUGUUUGGUGUGUUAGUGUUUAUUGUUUUUUAUCUCAUCUUUGGGUAGAGGAUGUGAUAAUGAUGAUUAUGAUGUUGAAUGGUUGGGAA